UUUGAGCAAUGGGGAACUCUCACAGACUACGUGGUUAUGAGAGAGCCAAAAACCAAGCAUUCCAGAGGUUUCGGUUUUGUCACAUACGCUACCAUCGAGGAGGUGGAUGCUGCCAUGAAUGCAAGGCCACACAAGGUGGAUGGGAGAGUUGUGGAUCCAAAGAGAGCUGUCUCUAGAGAAGAUUCUCAACAACCUGGUGCCCAUUUACCUGUGAAAAAGAUUUUUGUUGGUGGCAUUAAAGAAGACACUGAAGAACACCACCUAAGAGAUUAUUUUGAACAGUAUGGGGAAAUUGAAGUUAUUGAAAUCAUGACUGAUCGGGGCAGUGGCAAAAAGAGAGGCUUUGCUUUUGUAACCUUUGAUGACCAUAAUUCUGUCGACAAGAUUGUCAUUCAGAAAUACGAUGCCGUGAAUGGCCACAACUGUGAAGUAAAGAAAGCCUUAUCAAAGCAAGAGAUGGCUAGUGCCUCAUCCAGCCAAAGAGGACGAAGUGGUUCUGGAAACUUUGGUGGUAGCCUUGGAGGUGGCUUUGGUGGCAAUGACAACUUUGGCCGAGGAGGAAACUUCAGUGGUCGAGGUGGCUUCAGUGGCAGCCGAGGUGGUGGCAGAUAUGGCGGCAGUGGGGAUGGCUACAAUGGAUUUGGCAAUGAUGGAAGCAAUUUUGGAGGUGGCGGAAGCUACAAUGAUUUUGGCAAUUACAAUAACCAGCCCUCCAAUUUUGGACCUAUGAAAGGAGGAAACUUUGGAGGCCGAAGCUCUGGCCCCUAUGGUGGUGGUGGCCAGUAUUUCUCCAAACCAGGAAACCAAGGUGGAUAUGGUGGCUCCAGCAGGAGCAGUAGCUAUGGCGGUGGCAGAAGGUUUUAAUUGCCAGGAAACAAAGCUUAGCAGGAGAGGAGAGCCAGAGAAGUAACAGGGAAGCUACAGGUUACAGCAGA